AUGCUUUUUUCACCUCGUCUUCUCUUUUCCUGCUCGCUGUUCGGUCUUGCAGCAGCGGGUGGGAACCCAUUCUCUGAAAAUAAUCACCACUCCCAAGGCGCGUGGAAGCCUACAGACUCACAUCAACAUCCACACGUACCUAAGCCGGAUGUAAAUGUGGCUAAUUAUAUUCCUACCAUCAAUACUGAUGGCAACAAUGAUAUUGGCAACGACAAGAAGUCUGGUUGGGGUGGCGGUGGUGGCUUCAACAAUAACCACGAAUACCACAAUUGUUGUGAUGCGUCGGCGACCAUUACUGUGACAACUGGAGGGGACACAGCCACCACUACUCUAACGGAAACGACAACAAUCACCAGUGGCGAAACCACUACUGAGACCGAAACAGUUACAACUACCAUCAAUGAGGGCACUACUGAGACCGAAACAGUUACAACUACCCUCAAUGAGGGCAGUACUACGACAGUCACGAUUCCCGUUGAAACAUGCAGUGAGUCUAGUGGUGCUGGUGGCUAG